UCCUCAGUAAUUUAUAACUACGCCUCUCAUUUUCCUCUUUUGUGGCGUUCUUGGCGUCUUCCCACGUGAACAAGAAAGCUCAGCCUGAUUACAGGGGCACCGAUUACAGGACUCCAUUGGUGGUACGAUUUGCUGUCUAGGCAAAAUGGGAGCAUCUUCUUGGCCCAGCGCUGCGGAGGUGAGAUCCCCGCUCCAACUGCUUUCUGACGCGAAGAAGAAGGUUGCUGAAAUGAGCGGAAGAGAUGUUGCAGAUGUGAGGGUUGUUAUCUCUCCGUACAGAAUCUGCCCGCUAGGAGCUCACAUUGAUCACCAGGGUGGAACUGUCUUGGCCAUGACAGUCAAUAAAGGAAUAAUUCUGGCUUUUGUUCCUUCUUGUGAUCGUCAGGUUGUAUUGCGCUCUGGGCAAUUUGCAGGGGACGUGAAAUUCAGAGUUGACGAAGAACAACUCCCAAGGAGCUCAAUGCCUGUUAAAGAAAAAGAUUCUAGUUGGGGAUGUUAUGCAAGAGGAGCUCUUUAUGCUUUGCAAAAGACAGGAAAGAAGUUGAACGAGGGCAUCAUUGGUUUCAUUUCUGGAUCAGAUGGUCUUGACAGCUCCGGGCUUAGUUCAUCAGCGGCUGUUGGAAUUGCUUACCUAAUGGCCCUGGAAAGUGCUAAUAACUUGUGUGUGUCUCCCUCUGAAAAUAUUGAGUUGGAUAAAUUAAUUGAAAAUGCAUAUUUGGGACUACGAAAUGGCAUCCUUGAUCAAUCAGCAAUAUUACUUUCCAAAUAUGGCUACCUUACUCUCAUGGAUUGCAAGACAAAAGAGCAUACGUUUGUUAGUUCUUCCAUGCUAAACGGGGCCAAAAGUUCUGAACGAGCAAAUAAAUAUAAGAUUUUAUUGGCAUUUUCCGGGGCUAAGCAUUGCUUAAAGGAUAAUCCUGGAUAUAAUUGUCGUGUUGCUGAGUGCCAGAAGGCUGCAAAGAUUCUUCUUUGUGCUUCAGGUGCUGAAAGUGUGGAUCCACGUCUUUGUGAAGUUGGACCAAGUAUUUAUGAAGCAUACAAGCACAAACUAAAAGAAAAUUUAGCUAAAAGAGCAGAGCACUACUUUUCAGAAAAUAAAAGGGUUCAUGAAGGAGUAAAAGCAUGGGCUUCAGGAAAUUUAGUAGAAUUUGGAAAGUUGAUAUCAGCUUCUGGCCUCAGCUCUAUACAAAACUACGAAUGUGGCUGUGAACCUAUGAUACAACUCUAUGAGAUUCUCUUAAGGACCCCUGGUGUCUUUGGUGCAAGGUUCAGCGGCGCCGGAUUCAGAGGCUGCUGCCUUGCAUUUGUCGACGCCAAUCAAGCUGAGGCGGCCACCGCCUUCGUCCAAAGAGAGUACAGUAAGACCCAGCCAGAGUUGGCUCUCCAAGUUCCAGGAGGCCGAGUCGCCUUGCUAUGUGAAGCAGGAGACUCGGCUCGUGUGAUAUAAUUCAACUACCAUGCAAAUUCUUAGUAGAAAUUUGCUUUUGAAGAGGAAGUCAUCAUAACUGGAUUAUGGUUUGCAAUUUGUUCUUUCGGUUUCAUUCUAUUCAUUAUAUUCUUAUUUGACAAACUUUAAGGAAGAUAUAUUGUGUUCAUUUGUUUAUAGGACAAGGUUUUUGUCUAGUAAAAUGCUAUGUUUUUAAACCAUUGCUUAGAAGUUGAAAGUUGAGAGCUUUCAUUCUUUCAAUAUUACAGGAUGUUGUGUUCUUAUCUAA